AUGGCAACCACAGGACCCAUCACGGCAGAGGCGUGCCAGUCUUCUUUCGAGCAGGCCGUGGCCCUGUCGCUGCACAUGUGGCCGGCCCUCUCGCUCGCCGUCCAGAACAACUGGGGCGGCCCGGACUCCGCCGACAAGAGGGACUGGUUCGCCGGCGCCGUGGCCGAGCUGUUCCCGACGUACAGCAAGGUCACCAACGGCCAGGCCGUGCCCGCCGCCAACGCCGUCGAGGAGCCCGACACCGAGUACGUCGAGACGUUCCUGCUGCAGGUCAUGGUCGACGAGUUCGAGGUCAACGUCGACGACGAGACGGGCUUCGACGUCGCCGAGCGCAUCAUCAAGCUGCGUGCCGACUGCGCCAAGGGCAAGUUCGACGCCAUCGACGACCUGCGCCAGAAGUGGGACAGCCGCAAGGGCGCCAAGGUCGAGGGGCUCUACAAGAAGAUGGAGAGCGGCGAUCAGGAGACCGACUGGGAGGACGACAGCGAGGAUGACGAGGAUGAGGACGUCGACAUGGACGAGGCGCCCCAGCUCGUGUCUGCGCCCAAGGAGAAGCCGCAGCCCGAGGUCGAUGAGGACGGGUUUACCAUGGUCACUAAGAAGAAGCGAUAA